AUGGACGUCGGCGAGAUGGACAAGCUGGUACGCCAGCUGACGGCGGGUUUCGAGGCCUUGCAGGAGGAGUAUCAGAAGCUGUUCGGGAGCCAUGUGGCGCUGGAAAGGAAGUUGGUGACGGCAAGGGAGCAGUACAACGAACUCGCGAAACUGUUCGAAGCUGGACAGACUUCAACGCCGCCCUUGAGCCUUUCUUCGCUACAAGAAGAAGAUCCAACUGCGCCGGCGACUGCUACUGAGAUGUUAGAAAGAAGCACGGAUAGACAAUCGAAAGAGGCGGCGGAUGUGGUCAGGACGGCUAUCGCUGCUGCGAAUGGCUUGCGGCAUGGCUUGUCAGAUAACGUUGGGCAGGGGGUCAAGAUUUGGGGAGGACCUUCGGCAGAUCGACUAGACAUUGGAAGCUCGUUGAUGCCUUCGAUAUCGGAAUCACCCCUGGAACAAGACUUCACGGUCGAAGGAAAGCCGAGUAAACUGGGCUGUCCGUUUGCCAGCAUGGCGAGCAAGAAGAAUUUGAGCUCGCAUGCGGCCAGCGUGUUGAGCAGGUAUAACCAGAGUAAUAGCAUCGGCGCUCAUGGCAGUGUCGCAGCGAGCACGCCUAUCAGUAACGCGAGUCGGGUGAAUGGGAAGGAAAGCUUGUCGAGACGACAGAGUAGGAAAGGCAGCUUCGUGGAUCCUAUCAAGGCCGAGAUAUGCGGAUUAUCCGACCACGAUGCCGAGUCGCCUCACUCUGAGCCCAAGCCGUCCACACCAAAGGAGCCGACACCAAGUGAAAAGCCCACUGUUGACAAUGCCGACGUGGGUGUAUGUCCCAUUCGCUUCCUUGACCAGCAUUCGCCCGAGGAGGUCGCGACGUAUUUCGAGAAACACAAACACGAACUACCACGAAGCCACGAAGUCUGUGUGAUGAGAUAUCAGAGCAAUGAAGAGCAGAUCAAGCAAUUGGACGCCAAAUACGGUAAUCUCGUCUCGAUGAUCCAAGGGCUUGGGCAGAAGCACAAAGACAUGCUACCUGAAGAGCCUGACGAAGUAGUCGAAGACGAACAUCCCGAAGAUGUGCUCGACGAUGCGAAAGUGCGCAAGUGGGCGAGUAGCGUCUCUGCUCAAGCCCCUGGAGCGGAUGCUGAAGAGCAAGAUGAUGAACGGUUGCCACAUUUCGAACGACCGCUUCGAGACAUCCGCGUCGGAGAGUCUCCCAGUCGGCCCUGGGGCAUUCCUGUACCUGCGAAAUACCUGGACAUGGACGGCGAGGCCAGCCAGACGAGUUCGAAGCCGGCAGUUAUUGCCGGACCUGCAGAGCCGGAUGUUCCACUACAGCAAGCCGAGGUACCGCAGGCUGAGAAGCCAAAAGGCAAAUGUCCGUUCGAUCAUGAGGCGCUCAAGGCGAUGGGGAUCUCGAGGCCGGCGAAGAAGGAGGCUGAGGGUCAACCGGAGCAACCGAAACCUGUGCAACGUGAGCCUACGGUGCCGAAGGUGGAACCGCAAUCGAAGCCCACGGAGGAAAAGGACAAGGAGGAAGACAAACACAGCAGACCGCAGAUUGUGUUUAAUGGACCGGUCUUCAUAGGCUACAGCCCCGAAGAUGCGGUGAGGUUUCUGAGAGAGGCUGGAGCAGCGCGCUCUUGA